AUGGAGGUCUCCUACGUCUCUCUCCUGGGCCAGGCGCUCCUCCCCCUCGUGCUGGGCGCGCACCAGUCCCUCCGCACGCCGGCGCGCGUGCGCGCAAAGCUGAAGCGGGAAAAGAGGGCAAAGCGCAAGCUCCUGCUGGAGGAUGAGUCGGACGACGAGGACGACGAGGACGAAACGCUGACACUCGGGGACACGCUCCUCUUCCCGGUUCUUGGCAGUGUGGUGCUUCUCGCGCUGUAUUUCGUCCUGAAAUGGAUUCCGAAGGAGUACAUCGACAUCGUCCUGGGCGGGUACUUCACGCUCGCGGGCAUGUUUGCAGUGUACUCGACCAUGGGCUACAUUCUGAAUGGGGUGGCUGAGGCGAUUGGAUUGAGGCAGUCGCAGUGGCACGUCCGCGUCAGCCGGGGAUUCAGACAAACGUUCCACGCGAAAUUCAAGACCUCCUCGCUCCUCGCGCUGCCCUUCCUCCUCCUGCCCCUCCUCUACAUCCCACUGGACCGGCACUGGCUGCUGUCCAACUUCCUAGCCCUGUGUCUCGCGACGGCGGCGCUCGCCUUCCUCCGCCUCGACAGCUUCGUGACCGCCUUCGCGCUCCUGGGCGCAUUGCUGGCCUACGACAUCUUCUGGGUCUUCUGCACCCCCGUCAUGGUAACCGUGGCGCGGGGCAUCGACGCGCCGAUCAAGCUCCAAGCGCCGAAGAAAGGUGAAUUCGCCAUGCUCGGGCUCGGCGACGUCGUCGUCCCAGGGCUCAUGGUUGCGCUCUGCCUCCGCUUCGACCUGGAGCUGUACGCAAGGAGCAGGCCCAAUCAUGCCGUCGGGCCCAAGUCCAACUUCGGGAAGACGUACUUCCACACCGCGCUCGUGUCCUAUAUCGCCGGACUGGUGCUCACCGUCGUCGCCAUGAAUGUGCAGGGCCGCGCGCAGCCCGCCCUCCUCUACUUGAGCCCCGCGUGCAGCCUCGGCCCCGUCCUGCUUGCGCUCGCGCGUGGUGAAUUGGGCGCCAUGCUGAAGUGGCGCGAUGAGGAGGAACAGGAGGAGGAAAUGAGGGACGAGACGAUCGAGAAGGGGUCCGAGGUCGCUAUGCGCGCACGCGAGGAGAGGAAGAGAAAGGAGGCCGAGCGCGAGCGCGAGCGCGAAGCUGCCGCUGCCGCCGCGGCGAGCGGCGCCAAGGCUGUUGAGGCGGCCGCUGCUGCCGAGAGGGCUGAGACGGCUGCACUGGCCGGAGGCCCUGAGAAAGUGGAGAUGGUGGAUGAGAGCUGGAUGGAGAAUGACAGCGGGGAGACGGGCGAGACGACGCAGAAGCGCAAGCCGAGGAGGAGGGGGGGUAAGAAGAAGUAA